AUGGUUGAUGCUAUUGUUUCCAGUGUCAUCCAGCAAUUGGGAGUGAUCAUCCAAAAAGAGAUGGAACAAGAGGUACGAUUGGUCAUCGGUGUGGAAAAGGACAUUGAAGACAUCUCCACUACUUUUACAACAAUCCGUGCUGCGCUGAAGGAUGCUGAAGAUAGGCAAUUCAAGGAUGCAUCGGUGCAGGUUUGGUUGCAAAAUCUGAAAGACGUAGCCUAUGAUAUUGAUGAUGUGUUGGAUGAGUGGAGCACAACAAUUCUCAAAUCAUCCUCCUCCUCACAAAUGAUAAAUUAUGAUGGAGGACAAAUUGGUUUGCGCCGUGACAUUGGUCAUAAGAUAAAGGAGAUAAAAGAAAGACUAGAUAAGAUUGCAAGUGACAAACAUAAGUUUGGGUUUAUUCAUGAAAUUCAUACUAGAAAUAUUGAUAACAUAGAUGAUGAGUCUAGGAGGAGGAGGAGACUAGAAACUAGUUCCAUCGCUGAUGUCAAUGAGAUAUUUGGUCGUGACAUGGAUAGGGAAAUCAUAAUAAGCAAGUUGUUAAUCAGUGAGGGCAAUCAACAACAGCAACAAGUAGUAGCCGUCUCCAAUAAGGAAGAAGUCCCCAUAAUCUCCAUUGUGGGUAUGGGAGGUAUGGGCAAAACGACCCUUGCCCAACUUGUUUUUAAUGAUGAUAGGCAAGGUGGUGGUAGUGGUGGUGGUGUUAUCUCAUGGGAAGAUGUGCAUCUUCAAUUGACUAGUUCUGUUGAGGGAAAGCAUUUUCUACUAGUGUUAGACGAUGUGUGGAAUGAGGAUCCUUCACAGUGGGACCCAUUGAGGUUAUCUCUCAAACAUGGUUCUUCCCAAGGAAAUAGAAUUAUUCUCACAACACGCAACGAGAGGGUUGCAGGCAUGAUGGGUACAAGGUAUGUCCAUAGAUUAGGAAUAUUGUCUGAUGAAACCUGUUGGACACUGUUGAGACAUUAUGCCUUUGUUGGAUUAAGGCAAGAAGGAGAAGGAGAAGGAGAAGAAGAAGAAAAGUGUGAGAGAUUGAAAGAAAUUGGCAUGAAACUCGCAAAGAAGUGUAAUGGAUUACCUCUUUCGGUGAAGACUUUAGGAAGUCUUUUGCGGUUCAAAGAGUCAAAACGGGAUUGGCAAUAUGUGUUGGACAGUGAUUUAUGGAGGGUUGUAUCAACCGAUGAUAAACCAGUCUUGCCGGCUCUAUUACUAAGUUAUAAUGAUUUACCCUCCUCUAAUUUAAAGCAAUGCUUUGCAUGUUGUUCUCUCACCCCAAGAGGUAAUUAUAUUAACAAAUCGGGCAUAAUCUCAGAAUGGAUGGCACAAGGCUUUCUUGAUGGCAGCUUGACCACAGCAGACGGUGAAGAAGAUUUGAUCAAAAUAGGUGAUGAUUACUUUAAUAAUUUAGCCAUGCGCUCAUUUUUUCAAAAAGACAUUACAAAAUCAAGAGGACCAAAACAAUACCGAAUGCAUGAUGUUGUCCAUGAUUUUGCCAAAUACCUUGCGGAGGACGAAUGCUUUACUCUCAGGAUUAAUUCUGCUGCUGCUGCUGCUCAGGAAUUAAUUAACUUUAGGAAAACCCGUCAUGUAUGUCUAUCAAUAGCAGAAGAGAUACGCAUGAUUCCUUCUUUCAUUUACAAGGCAAAGAAACUGCGCACUCUUACAAUCUAUGGAGGAGGAGGACAUAUACCUUCAGUUUCUUCUGAUUUAUUUCGUCACUUAACAUGUCUGAGGACAUUAAAUUUGGGUGGUACUUACCUGGAAGAGCUUCCAAAUGAGAUAGAGAAGUUAAUACAUCUAAGGUACCUUAAUUUGGACGGUGCAAGGUUCAAAGAACUACCUAAAACGGUGACUACUCUGUACAAUUUGAGAGUAUUAAGUCUUUACGGAUGCAUAAAUCUUUGUAAACUACCUGAAGGGAUUUGGAGAUUGGUCAAUUUGAUAGUUCUUGAUUUGAAAGAAUGCCGCCAACUAAGCUACUUUCCAGAAGGAAUUGGGAGAUUAUGCAAACUGCGUAUAUUGUCAUACUUCACUAUCGGUGGUGGGGUGGAGCAGAGAGGAGGAUGUAAGAUUGGAGAACUAAAAGAUCUCAAUUUCCUCCAAUAUACUCUAAAGAUAAUAGGUUUGGGGAGAGUGGAAAAUGGAAUUGAGGCUAAGUUGGCAUGCUUGAAUAAUAAGCAACAUCUUCGUGCUUUGUAUUUCUAUUUUAAUCAAUUUACUGGUCUUUCACUAGUUGAUGAGGGAGGUAUUGUUGAUGAGGAAGGUAUUGUUGAUGAAGAAGCAGAUUACAAAGAAAAAGAAGAAGAAGAAGUAGUCGAUGGAGAAGAUAAAAUAGAAGAAGUCGAUGGAGAAGAUAAAACAGAAGAAGUAGAAGAAGAAGAAGAAGAAGAUGUUUUUGAUGGAGGAGAUAUGUUGUGGAGGAAGAGGAUGGAGGAUGUUCUAGAAAGCCUCCGACCACAUCCAAACCUUGAGAAACUUUCAAUUGUUGAUUACCCUGGUGUUGUGUUCCCCAAUUGGAUGGGUAGUCAUACAGAGCCCAUGAUUUUCUCCAAUCUAGUUUUCUUGGAACUGCGUGGGUGGAGGAAGUGUAAGCAAUUGCCUCCGACUCUAGGGAAACUACCAUCCCUUGAAACCCUUGUAAUAAGUGGAAUGGAUAAGGUGAAAUUCAUGGGUGUUGAGUUUUUUGGAAUCGAUGAUGAUGUUGAAAGUAUUUUUGUUGGGUGCGAUGCAGAAUUUAAAGGAGUGGGAUUGGUUAAUUGGGGAUUUGAGGUUCAAGAUACCAUAGAACUCGAAUUCUCAGAGCCAAUAUUGAAUGGAAACAAACUUGGCAUCUUCCUUCACCAUCGAGCUCCAGGCAUGUCUCUAAUAAAAGGCAUCAAUAUUUUGAAAGCACAUGGUAAAAGUGCAAAAGACAGCUACUUGCUGUGCUGCCCAAAGAAUGCACCUAAGAGGAGUUGCCCUGCAAGGAUUGCUUGCCUUGAUUUUAACCUUCAGAAGACAGAAAAUGCAAAUAGGUGUCCAAGUCCUUCUCACUGCCAAGGAGCUUGA